AUGAUCUCAUCACCAGACCUGUCGUUGCGCCUUCUCUCACCGGCCAUCAUCUCCGCCGUCCUCACAUUCUUCGUCGCUCCCGUGACAAGCCAUGCUCCCCCCCAACAAACGUCGACAUCACAACGACUCGAGCUCUCCGAUGCCGUUCCCUGGCCUUUGCCAACAGCAGAUCCCCUGGCCGCUCGCCACGCAUCGCCACACUACGCGUUCGAUCAACUACUCCUGCCCAGGCAGCUGAACACGGUGUGUGGAUUCAUAGGGGGCGACGCCGUGCUGCCAGCCACCUGCUCCCUUGGAUCGCACUGCGUCGCCGACGUACAGAACAGCGUCAUCGGCUGCUGCCCCGAUGCUGGCCCCUGCACCACCGGGGUCUUCACAGGCUGCGUUGACGGCAACAGUGGUCCACAGACGGCCGACAACCCCUUUGUUUUCACCUGCACAGGAAACGAGCUAUGCUUUCAGAACCAGUUCCAAGGCGGCUUUGUGCAGUUUGGGUGCGACGCUACCUCGCGACCCGUUGCUACCGUCGUACCGUCGGCCAUCGGUGGCGGCGCCGCUGUUUCCCUGCCGACUGUCUCAGUCUCGAUAAUUGGGACCCAGAUCACAGCGACAACCAUUACGUCCGAAUCUACGACAGCAACACAAACAACAGAAACAAGUUCGGAUUCGAGCACUACUGCCACCCGUAGCAGCACCGUUAGCACGAGCCGUACGACCAGCAAGACCAACAGCGAGACCGAGUCCAGCACGACUAGCACGACUAGCACGACUAGCACGACUAGCGCCACCAGUACCGUCAAUUCUGAGACAGCCACCACCACGACGACAGACACAAACUCCGAUACCCAGUCGUCCACAACUACAGAGUCUAGUACCACAGGCCCCCCAGCCAGUGGGACAGGGGAUGCCGCCGCCGACGACGACGACGAUGACGACGGUGGGCAGAAGAACGUCGGUGCCAUUGUAGGGGGUACAAUCGGCGGCAUCGCCGGUGCCGCCUUCAUAUUCGCCCUCCUCUUCCUCCUCUGGAGGCGCAGGAAGGGCAAGGGCCAGAAGGGGCCCACCGACCAAUACGCCCAGUACCUGAGCAAUCCCAUGACGAGCCAGGGUCCCUCCCCUCCUCCACCGGCCAUGAUCGAGAAGCCCCGAUUCUCCCAAGGCCCGUUACUCGCCCAGCGCAACCUCAACAGAAGAGCCAGUACCCGUUCCACGGAGCCUUACGCGUCCGCCGCGUCGUACUGGCUGGCAGGAUCAUCGGGCGGCAGCGGGGUCGGCGCCGUCGACGACACGGACGAGACCCCGCUGACGGGUCGCAUGCCAACCGAGUCCUACUCUGGCGGGUUCAGACGCCAGGACUCGCAGCCUCUACCCAGGGUGUCAGAGGACGGGAGCAAGUACUCUAGCUACGACAGCGACUACACGUCUACCUACGGGACAUAUCCCGGUCCUAGGAGGGGGGGUGGCUCCGGUGUCCUAUGGCAGCAGAAUCGUGAUGCAACACGAAACCCAUCCUGGGUGUAA